UGGAUUUCACAAAUCGCUGAGCUCUCAGUCAAACGCCAUGGAUUCACAGACCCAGAACACCUCAUUGCAGAGGCUUCAAAAUGUGGAGAAAAGAAUCGUCAAGGUUUUGGAGCUGGCCGGAAGUGUGAUGGACGAGCUCGCAAACCCUACUGGUCCCAGAAGAGAGUCCAUCAACAACCAUGUCCGCGAGUUCAUGCAAUUGAUCAAGGAUAUUCAAAUGGCAUUGCGGGAUGAGAUCAAAAGUGCCUGUGAUUACCGUCCCUUUGAGAAGUGUGAUUACAGUUCGAGAAUAGCUAAUGAGAUUUGUUGCAAGAAACUGGAAUAUGUUAUGUCGCAGUUAGAUGGAAUGAAAGAAACCGUAGAUGAUUAUCAUAAUGCGGUUUGAAGAAACUGGUUCCGAUUGUUCGGGAUAUCAUCCUCCGAUACUUGAUGUUUCUCCUCACUAUGGAUUGAUGGAGAACUAAGAGUCUCCGGUUUAUGAUUUCCAGUGACACUACUUGAUUAGCGUAAUCUAAGAUAGCUUGUUGACUUAAAUUAUCUUAGUCUGGUGCUUGUGAGGUUGAGGCCGAGUAGGUCGAUACCUGAUAGUCCGAGUGUAUGACUUUCAGUAGUUGUUAUAGUUGGGUAGAGUUAUGAAUUGGCUGUAAUUUUUUCCUAUGUAAUGAUUUUAUGAUAUAAGUAAAUGGUUUCUCACCA